AGUUCAAUUGUUAUCAGUGUCGUGUGUAAGCCAGUGGGAGCAAGAGCAGAAAUGUCACCGGCUAACAGCAGCCCAGGCGAGCAGUCGAAGGCGAGGGGGCCGCCGAAGGCCUGUAGGGGAUGCAGUGGGCUGCAGCCUGGCUCAGGUCUUAUGGAUGUGGAGGAUAUGGGGAACUUGGGCUUGGAGUGGCUCAGGCGCAAGGCGAACAUUGCUCAGCAAAUGUUGACGGAUAUUAUGGAGCAGCUCACAAAGCUGCAGCCAAGCCACAGGCAUCCCACGGAAAGCAAACAAAAAUUUAAUUUGUUAAAAGGAUUUGGUCUGCUCAGCAAGAACUUUUGCUUAUUCAACGCCAGUGGUACUCCAUGCUAAGCAUUUCGCUUGAGUGAAUCGCAACACAAAUAAAUGAAUGAUAAAUAAC